ACCCAGCGGUGCCCCUAGCCAAACUGCCCAAGUUGCGCUGCCCAGUCACAGUCAGGCCAUGCUCUGGCCAUGGAGCGGGUUCAAACCCCUCUGGGGCGCCAGUCUGCCUCCACCAGGGGCAUGUCACCGCGCUGGGCCCGCUCACCUGGGCCCCUUGCUGCACUGGGUGUGGGGGGGUGUUCACACCCCUAAGCCAGAAAGUUCCAGUGCAGGAAAGCGCCGGUUAGACCUGACCUCAGGUGCCACCCGUGGCUACUGCCCGUCUGUUGUUCUCGCCCAGCGCCUGGGGUCGCAAUCCGAUGGCCCAGCUGAGAACAAAGGCGCCUUUCCAUCCCGCUGCGCCGUGACGCCCCGUACGCAGAGGCCGGAGUUUCUAAGGAAGUUCCUUUAGUGAGGCUCAACUGGGAGGGGGGACGCAAGACACAUCCGACUCCCGCACACGGUCCGGUACUGGGGAGGGGUUGAGAACCGCUGCUUUGCACGGCUGUAAACCCACCCUGCCCCGACAAUGGAAUGGUCACAUCUUAUCUCACCCCCCUUUCAGGCUGUUCAUGGCACCCCACCACGGAGACACCUGUCAUGCGGUUACAGCCCUGUGCUGUGAAAGGCCCAUCUGCAUGGAGAUCGAAGUAGGCCCAGGCAUAUUGUGACCGUAUUCCUGUCACCGAGGCAUGGCUUAAUAAUGCUCUCGCAGACAUGGCAAAUGGUAAACCUGCAAGCAUGGAGUUUGACGUGCCGGCUGCCCCACGUGAUGCUCUGCCCAGGGCGGCACAAAUUGAACUGAUGCAAAUAGAGAGGCCCUUGCAGAAUGCGGGGAGGUCUACGCUAUUCCAAGAUCUUUCCGCAGCAGGGAGCAACCGGCCUCCACCGUUAACCCUCUGAUCUGGUGGCGAAACCGUGCUGCAGCCAGACUAGCAGGGAGACAAAAUGACUGAACCCGACAAGAAAAAGAGUCGAAGGCUGUGCACAUUUAAAGACGAGUGGCUGCAACGGCCAGAGUAUCGGAAUUGGCUUAUAAAGGCAAGCGACGACUCGGGCUACUGUUCUGUUUGUCGGGUGCAGCUCACCGUCAAGUUUGAUUCUGCAAAAGCUAUCAAGCGCCAUGCAGAAACAAAGGGUCACAAAGUCAAAGCGCAAGGACAGGGAUGGGGUAGGACCAGCGACAAAGUCUCCAGAAGGACGGAUAAUGCCGAAGAGCAACCCCUGCACACAGCUGAAUUGCUUUUAGCAUAUCACAGAGUUAAACACCACCUCGGCGACCCUUCGCAAGAUUGUGGAACUCAGCUGUACCGCUGCAUUUUCCCCGAUUCCAAGAUAGCUUCCAAAAUUCACUGUGGAAUGACAAACGCACGUGCUUUGAUUGAGAAUGUAUUAGCACCGCAUUCCCUGAAAAGGGCCAUGCAAGACAUUGGCUCAACACCUUUCUCAGUAGCGACAGUUGCUUCUAAAAAAGGGCCCACAAAACUCUUCCCAGUUGCCAUCCACUACUUUAAUAAAGACAAGGGGAUCUGCACGUCGAUCGUCGAUUCUUUCGAGGAUGCAGCUGAAACAUCAGAGGCGAUCGCAGACAACUUAAGACGUUGUCUUCAAAAGGCUGGCCUGAUACAGAAUAAAAUUGUGGCAUACGGAGCGGGCAAUUUUGGAGAAAACAAGUCUGUUUUUGUGCACCUAAAACAAAUGUUGGACUUACCAAACCUUGUGCCUGGGCAUUGCAGUGCGCAAAUAGUCCACGAUACAGCAAAGCAUGGCUUGAAAAAGCUCCCUUAUGACAUAGAGUACUUGGUCUUCAAGGUCUUCAGUGAAUUCGCAUCUAGUGCCAAGAAUAUCAGUGAACUGAAAGAGUUCUUUGACUUCAUGGAGACAGAAUAUUCAGAAAUCUUACACCAAGUACCUAAGCGUUUUGUGGCCCUUUUUGCUGCCGUAGACAGGUUACUGAAGAAUUGGCCUGCACUCAAAUCUUACUUCGUGAGUCAAGGAGAGGCAGGCGUGAGCCACACAAUCUGGGCCUUUCUUUCGGAGCACAAGGACACCAGUUCCGAUGAGGACUCUAUUACUCUGCCCGAACUGUACCUCUGCUUUGUGCACAACAUGCUGAGCCUGUGUAACACCACAAUCAAAGUUCUUGAAAGUGAUUCCGUUCAAGUAACCGAACUGUACGCCACGCUCAGCAAGCUCAGAGCAGAGAUUCGGAAUCGCCAAGAGAAAGGCUUCCAUGGGUACAAGGUAGCACGGCUCUUGGAGAGGCUACAGCCUGACAAGCAGAGUAAGUUUCUCGGAGAUGCCCGGCAGACGUACACACGCAUGCUGCAGUACCUAGAAAAGAGGUUUGAUUUCAGCGAAAACUCUUUCUAUAAGUUGUGUGCGCCACUUCAUCUGGACGGGCCUCUUGAGCUAGACAAGCUCUGUGCUUUGGUGACAAAUUUGGACGUUCAAGUGGAUCUAGAUGAGCUGUUUACGGAGAUAUGUGUGCUGAACGAGGUGCUACCCAUCCUAAAGGGGUCAGACAAUCAUGUGGAUUCAACCCAGCCGCGGCGGGGGCGCCGCCAUCACCCUCCCGCCUCGGACGUCUGGGUAGAACUCUUUAAGUGCUGCGAGGCCCCAAACUUGCUGAAGAUUGUGCAGCACGCCUUUGCUGUCCCCCCCAGCAGUGCCUUCGUGGAACGCAUUUUCAGCAUCAUGGCGAACGUGGGGGCUGAGGAAAGGAACCAGCUGCACACGGACCUGGUGAGAGCUGAGCUGUUUGUGCACUUCAACUAUCAAAUGACAUGCGCUGAGUUUGCUGCGUUUUUGCAGACGGGAGCAGCUACGGAGCUUCUGGCGGCAGCAAGGAACGAUGAGACGUUUUAAUUGCCGCUCCCGCACCCGUGUUGGAACUAGGCUACACGCUGCUAUAAUGCAACGUCUUUGUAAUGUUUUAAUGCUCCUCAAAUAAAACACUAAGGAAACCAU